UAGCAUUGUCUCUCUAUAUAUAUUUUUGCUUAAUUUUUAAUAAUAGGGCGCUAAACAGGUUGACUAGCGAAAGGAAAUUUAGAUAUUAUUAUUAUUAUUAUUGUAGGUACUUAGUAUUAGUAGGGAAUUAGAAUAAUAGAAGAGCAAAAUCUUUUCGAAAAUUAUUUAAUAACAUUGAAGAAAUUAUGGCAAACGAUAAGAAGAAGAAAGAAUUGAAGGUUAAAUCAAUUCCGCAAAAGCAUUACGAGACCACAUCGAUGGAAGAAGUUAAAGCAAACGAAUUAAAGUAUACACAACGUUUAAUGGAGUUGAGAGCUUGCCUUCUCCUAAUUGAUGAUGCAAUAAAAGAUGAAAUGAAGAAGAACGAGUUGCAAUUACUUUUAGAGAAAUGGGAGGCGUAUAUAACAUGUGAUCCGUUACCGAAGGCAUAUGUGCCACCAAAUAUACGUACAUUUUAUGCAAAAGCUAAAGCAUUUGAAGAGGACCUUCUUGAUAAAUAUAUUGACUGGAAUUUGUAUGUUGAUGAACGCAGUAUUCUUACGCAAAACGUUUUCAGAGAAGAUAGGACCCGACCGACCCUAAUGAGAGCGGCAAAUAAUGAAUUAAUUUUCUCAUACGAUAAAUAUAUUGACGAUUCAUUAAAAAUUUUACGCAAAAUUGAUUAUUAUUUGGCCAACGAUAAAGAAACAUCGAAAGCCAAGUCCGAAGUUUUACUCGAUAUAAUCGAAGUGAAAGAAGCAAUACAAAAAGAAAUUAUUGAUGCCUUUGAUCGUCUCACUUAUAAAAUAUUAUGCACCGAAAAAGCUAAUAUGAUUUCAUUGGAUGCCGUCUCAACCGAAUAUGUCUAUAAAAGCGAAAAUUUUCGCAUUCAUAUAUGGAGCUUAAAAAAUGUUCCAAUACGUUUCACUCAUUUAGCUGAACCUCGGAUGAUGGCCCAUUUGCAUAAUUUAAAUAUUGUUUUGCAUAUACCAUAUUCAGUUUUACGUCCUAUGUUGACCGUGCAAGGGAUUCAAAUGGAUUUUGAUCACAUUACUGAAUAUGCGAAAACUGCUAAACAAGAAUUUUUUAUACCAUUAGCUCACCUAAAUGCCGGCAUUCAAGAUUUACCCGAAUGUUUGGCUAAUGAGUUUAAAAUGCAACUCGACAUUCAAAAAAGAGUACGUAAUGAAAUUAUGGAAAAAUAUAACGAAUACAAAGGAAAAUUAACUCAAUUACAAGAAGCUGAAGCGACAUUAAAUAAGCAACGUAAACCGCAAGAGAAUAAAGGCAAAACUCUAAAAGCGUUAAAACCAUUGCGAGAACCACAAUUUCUUAAAGAUGAUGAAUACCCAGAAAUAUAUGAUGAGUUCCUUGACGAAGAAAGCAAACAAUAUAAUAGUUUUAUAAAUGUUGUUUAUAAUCCUACAAAUCUAAAUUUGACUAGCGAUGAGAUUAAUCUUAAGAAAUUUUUCAUUUUGGGGGGGAUUUUUCAAUUAAAUCUUGUGGAAAGACCGACACAUUACGAUUUAAAGGGUUUGAAUAUGACAUGGCAUACGCCUAACAAACAAUCAUAUGGAGAUAAGAAUUUCGUUAUAAGUGCUCUUCGACCGAUAUCGGUUAGAAGCUCUACAAUAAUUCGAUUGAAUGAACCUAAACCAAGUCUUCAACCCGAAACUGAUGCUUUAAAGGAUGAAGUUGAACCGACUAAUCCUUGGUUUGUAUUAACAUUUUCAUUACCCGAAUAUCUAUGCAGUUGGGGUGAACCAAUAGCAUGUCAUUAUACCUCUGCUGAAACAAUUACGGAACUGGAGCAAGAAGAACCAACAAUCCAGGCGCAAGUAAAUAGCUUGUUAAAUAUUGGAAGAAUUGAUAAUACAUCGGCAUUUUCAAUGGAUACCAUUGGCGAACUGAUGAAAGCGGCAAGAACUAUGUCGAUUCGUCUUUCUGAUGUGAAUUUUUUCUCGACACCGUUAGCUCACGUACGAGCUUCCUUGGUCGAGCAAUAUUCGAUUGAGCGUACCGCCGAUGGAAUUUUUCAUAAAAAAGAUUUUGCUCUAAAUAAUCCAUAUACGGUACGACAAUUGCGUUACCUUGAGCAACAUUGCGCGCCUCAAAUAUUGUCGUCAUAUAAAUUUCCGAAAGAAAUUAGCGAAGAAGUGAACCAAGCGUUACAUAGUGCAUCUAAAGGAAAGCAUGGCAUUUUAUUUAAAAAAGCCGCAUCCAUUGUUGGGCAAAGCAAUCGUUUAUUUACUUAUAAUGAUAUGCAAAACAAUCCUGAACGUCUAUUUCCGAUAUUCAAAAAAGCGGAACCAUUAUAUAUUACUAAGCAUUUGCAAACAUUCCGCGGUAGCCUAAGCGAAGAGCCUAAGACAUUCUAUCAAUUGGUUAAAGUAAUAAUAUUAAUUAAAAGACUUGCCCAAAAUACGGUCACGCAAAUUACGCGUCUGCCACCGCACGAGUCAAGGGUGGAUCUUGCAAUGUUCAAUAGACUGAAAAUGGAGAAAGCGAGAAAAAAAGCAAUCCAUAAACCGGCAAUUGCAGUGAGGGAAACUAGUAAAAGUUUGGCAUCGGGACCGUCUCAAUCUAAACUUCAAGAAUCAUUUCGAGAACCGACGCGACAAAAAAGCCAAGACAUAAGCCAAGAAACGUUUAAGCCAACCAAAAGCCAAGGCGAAGUGAGCUUUACGGGUAAUGAAGAUUAUAACGAAGAAGCAUCGAGCUCGUUAGAGCCAAUUGCCGAUGGUGAAAUGAAUAAAACUACCGUUAUUCGUUAUAAUCAUUGGACGACACAACAUAUUAAACGACAAAUUUUCCUUAAAGAAGAACGAAAAUAUGUGAUUGAAACGGAUAGGUUAGGUUAUAUAGGUUUUGCAUGCAAACGCUAUGAACAUUUUCCAUUUAAAUCGUGGUCGUUGCAGCCAAGCGCAGAGAACGAGAACGAAGUGAUAUUCACGUUAGAAACUCAAUAUGUAAAAUGUGUCUUAUUUAUAACUAGCGAGGGUAUACGCGGAUAUGUUACGGAGCCAUCUAAAAGAUUUGUACGCGAUCCUAAACUGUAUCUAUAUAUCAAGAAACCGAUUAAUGAUUUUAAAGAAUUGAGAAAACGUUUUCGCGACAGAAAUCUUAAUAUAUUUGCCGAUCAUGAUGCUUGCUUUUAUAUAGAAAAUGGUGAUUUUUCGGAAAAGCAUUUAGCCAUGGAAAUGCAUACUUAUUGUUGUAUGGCAUUACAUUGCACCCAAAUGAUAUAUACAUAUAGUAAAUGGAAUCGUUUAGCUAAACGACGUGAUAUCAUUUUACAUUAUAUUCAUUAUAAAGAUAAUCCCGACAAUACCGUAUUACUACAUGUCACGCCUGAGGAGACGACUUUCGUUGAGGUAAGCGAACUUUGCUCAAACUCUAUUGAAGAAGUUUUAUUGGCUUACACUCCCACAUGGCGCAAUGUAAAUGUUUAUUAUGACUUGCAUCAAACGAUUUGUUCAAUGUAUCAAACCGCACAUGAAUCACGCUGCAAAGACUCGAAAUUAAUUUGUUGCAUUAGAUCGCUACUUCAAGCAAUAAGACCAUUUAGCUUCUCAUGAAGUUGCUAUUGUAUGUACGCUAUUAGAUGGAAAUAUAUCGCUACUUUAAUAAAACUUGAAUUUUGAGCACAAAAUCAUAAUUUCGAAGGCGUAAUUGCGUAACAGGUUACGAGAACAGAGUAUUAAUAUAAAAUGCUAGGUAUACUAAGGUAUUGCAGUUGUAAUGCUUUCGAUUUUAUUUUACCCUUUUGUGACUACAUUUAGAGGUAUAUUCGUCUUCUUCUUCCUCCUCCUCUUGUUCUUCUUUUUCUUCUUCUUGUUCUUCUUAUAGAAAAGUGAUGGUAGCCUUCUUUUUCCCAGCUUUGCACCCUUAUAUUGUGGAAUUCCUACCUUCAA